AUGGCAAAUGCAAAUUAUAAUAAUAACCGUAAAUAUGAUAACAGAGCAUACAACGCAAAUGCAAAUAAUAGAAAACCUGCGACCACAACGAAACCUAGUAAUAAUGCUCCUGUUAGAAGUAGUCCAAGUGGUAAUAAUACAACGAGCCAUGCAAAUAAUGCAAACAGUGGCAUGGCAAAAUCUGGUAUAGAUAAAUAUCAACAACGUAGUAAUGUAGCAUAUAAUAAUUAUGAUAACACAAAAAGUAGUAGUACUCCUAAUAAUACUGCAAAUAAUAAUUUGAAUAAUAAAAAAUUUAACAAUGAAACACAAACAAAAUCUACUGCUCAUAGUGAUACAAGAAUGAAUAAUACAGGCACUACUAACAAUAGUAGUAGCUCUCCUAGCAAACCACAAACUGUUACAAAUACUAAUAAAAGUGUUAAUAAUAAUGUGAAAGAAAUCGAUAAUUUUAAAAGAACAACCGGAGGAGAAGGUACUGUUAAAACGUCAUCAAAUGUAUCAAGUAAUAAUACUCCUAAUGAUAGUGCAAGAAAAAAUAAUAUUAACAAUAACAAUGCUUCUAAUGCUCAAAAAGUAUUAACACCUGCAGAGAAACAAAAAUUGAAUAGACCACCUACAGAUCCAUUUAAAGAAAAAAGAGAAGAUCAAGUGUCACAACAACAAAAACAAGACACUCAAGCAUCAAUUAAAAAGGAUGAUAAUCAAAAAAAUGCGGCUACAGAACAACAAUCAAUAAAUAAAGAUACCAAAAAAACAGAUGCUAAUAAUAAAGCAAAAUCAAAUGAUAAAAAUGUUUCGAAUGCAAAGAAUAAGGAAGCAGAUAAUGUUGAUAAAAAAUUAAACACGAAAAAAUCUUUUACUGAGAGACUUAAAAGUCUUUUUAAAAAAAAAUCUAAAAAAAAUAAGGAAUAA